UUGCCGACUUGCCGUCGUCCUGACAGCACACGCCGGUUGUUAGCGUCUCAUUCGAUUUUCUCACUCGUGUCAAACAUUUUGUUGUUUCUUAACUUGGAAUUUCAGUUUUUUUUAUUGGACAAUAUUUUUUUUCAAGGCUUUGGGGGGAGUUUUGAUUGGCAAUUUGAUCGUGUUUGUUUCCAACAAAAAAAAAAAAUUGGAUAUAUCGUGUGCGAGUGUGGAUUGUUUGCCAAUUAGUGUCUUUGUGCUACUAAAGAGAAAAAAAAACAAACAGACAAAGUGAGGAAACGAUGUUUGUUGAUCCGGGUCGUGAUCGUAGACGCGUAGCGGCGCGAGUCAAUUGAAUCUGAUUCGGGAAAAAAAAGGGAACAAAUAAAAAAUAAAAGGAUUGAAGUGUCUUCUUUUAGAAGAAAAAGAAAACAAUCUGACAUCGACAUUAGUCAUUUUUGGUUUGAUUUUUUUCGUUUUCGUGAUGCUUUUAUGAGAGAAUAAAAGAGGGGCCCAUCCCGUCAUCAUUCACGAAAGUCUAGUAGUGUAUCACACCUCAUCUUUUUGUUUUCCCCAAUCUCAAGGUUCAACUGCCGUGAUGAAGUACCAGCUCAACAAGACUAUACCGGCGGCCGUAGUGUUGAUGCUGCUGAGCCUCUUGAGCUCUCACGUCGGCGCCAACAUCUUCGAUAUAUCGGCAUUGUCCUACCAGACGGUGGUGGUUAAAGCUGGCCACAGUGUCAAUUUAACAUGUCCGGGUGUUAGCGAACUGUCUCUCAUUUCAGCGCUGGAAUGGCGCUGUCAGGGAUGUAAUUUAGCGCCUUCGACGUCGUCGUCUUCUUCUUCUUCGUUGGCUUCGAUGAACGGCACGAGAAAUUCGGCUGGCGGAGGAUCGCACGGCGAAACGUCUGCCGUCAAACUGGUCGAGUACAGCAACAACGCGGUCGUCGUCUGGAACAAUCAGGACAGGAUGUCGCUCGACUCGCAAACGUACGCGCUCCUCUUUUUCCCCGUCCGCCAUUACGAUCACGGAGAGUACACGUGUUUGGUCAACGAACGCCGACGUCCCGACACCAUUAUUCACCUCGUCGUUCAAGAUGUUCCUGAUCCGCCGGGUCGACCGCUAAUUAUGGGCUUCACGUCUCGAUCGGUCAACCUCUCCUGGGCGCCCAGUCUCAGUUCACACGGCAGUCCCAUCAGCCAUUACAUCAUCCAUACCAGGGUGGGCGAAGAAGGUGAAUGGGACGUCCAGAACGCGCUGGUCACGUUGACGAAUGCGACCAGUUCGCAAGUCAUAGGAUUGCUGCCUUACACCGUCUACAGUUUCCGUGUUGUCGCUAUUAACGCUCUCGGGCCGAGCACUCCCAGCCGAGAAUCGUAUUACAUGGUCACCCUACGAGAAGUUCCCGAUGGCAAGCCGCAAGUGAUGGCGGCACAUAAUUCGAGUUCAACGUCAAUCUAUCUCAACUGGAAGCCGCCGCCGAAAUCCAGCAUUCACGGAGAAUUUCUUGGAUACCGGUUGGCGUACAAAGAACGCGACGACCCCAGCUCUGAGUCGGUUCAAGAGAUCUUCCUUAGAGAUCCUAGCAUUGAAAGCCACGCCAUACAAGGCUUGCAGACAUUCACGCAGUACAUGAUUUCACUUCAAGUUUUCAAUCCGGAAGGACUGGGUCCGAGUUCGACAGUAAUCGUCAUGACCGACGAAGGAGUUCCUGGAAAGCCUCUGAAUGUAUCAAUUGGUGAUGUCAAUGAUUCUACAAUUGCCCUCAGCUGGUCUGAACCUGAAAAUCCAAAUGGUCUUAUUAAGGGCUAUCGAAUUUAUUUCAUGAGAAAGAAUUUCACUGAUGUCCAGACUGUUCGCAAUGGAGAGAAAUUUCAGAAGUUUGUUCUGACUGACCUAGAACCCUAUAUGGAAUAUAAGCUUUGGUUGAAAGCAUUUACCUGGAAGCAUGAAGGUGAACCAUCCGAACCAAUUGUUGUUCAGACUGAUGUUCGUGGUCCGAGUGCUCCACGUAUUGCCAACCUGACAUGCCACAAUGCAGACACACUGUUUUUACAGUGGCAUAGACCCUCCAUCUAUAAUAAAUCUAUUGAUUUGUACUACAUUUACUAUAGAAGAGAGGAUGCAUGGGAUUUUGAAGAAUUGGCUGUGGCAACUACGACAGAUCGUCUUGACCACAUGAUGUUCCUUCCGAAUUUGACGACGAACGUGAUGUAUGAAGUUAAAAUUCGAGGUGCCACUCGAAGUCUGUUUUCGCCCUCCAAAAUCUAUCCUGGUCUAUUCUCAGAAUCUCGGAAGAUCUUUGUAGCGCUCGACUGUGACCGGCUAUCGUUGUCUCACGUUCAGAGCGGAAGUGAAAUUUACAGUCAAGAAAUUGAAUUAAGUGCUGGCAUGGUUGCUGCCAUGGUUUGUGCAUCAUUUGCACUACUUCUUGUAAUAUUAGCAUUCGUUCUGUGGCGGAAGUAUUUCCAGGCUGCUUACUACUACCUUGAUGACGGACCACCCACGACACCCCCGCUUAACCAACCAGCGUGGGAUGGAGGUGAACCUCCAACACACAACAAUAUGACCAUAAUUGUCGAUGAUGAUUCAGAUUUUGCUGAAAGUAAAAACAAAGAAUUCGGCGUCAAUGCGAAAGGGCCCAUUCCAGUGCCACUCUUCCCCCAACAUGUCGCCACACUGCAUGCCGAUGGCGACAUUGGCUUUUCCAAAGAAUACGAAGCCAUUCAAAGUGUCUCCUUUCAAGGAGAACUCAAUUCGGAGCAUUCAAUGAACGAGGAUAACAAGAAUAAAAACCGCUACUUGAACAUCGUUGCGUAUGAUCACUCCAGGGUCCAACUUAGGCCUUUGCCUGGUCAAAAGAAAUCGACCGAUUACAUCAACGCUAAUUACAUCGAUGGCUUUCAGCAAUGCAGAGGUUACAUUGGAACACAAGGCCCAUUACCGUCCACUUUUGACGCUUUUUGGAGAAUGAUUUGGGAACAGAGGGUAGCGGUUAUUGUUAUGAUUACCAACCUAGUGGAACGCGGACGGAGAAAAUGUGAUAUGUACUGGCCCAAAGAAGGGGUGGAAACUCACGGAGUUAUUCAAGUCAAAUUAGUCAAUGAAGACGCCAGAGCCACCUACACAAUCAGAACUUUUUCGAUUAGGCAUUUAAAGUUGAAGAAGAAGAAAUCUCAGAACGCAGAGCGAAUCGUCCUCCAAUUCCAUUAUACCAAUUGGCCCGACCAUGGCACUCCAGAACAUCCGCUACCUAUUUUGAGCUUUGUUCGCCAGUCGGCGGCAGCUAAUCCGAUUGGAGCUGGGCCAAUCAUCGUUCACUGCAGUGCAGGAGUUGGCCGCACUGGAACUUACAUCGUCCUGGAUGCCAUGCUUAAGCAAAUUGAAUGCAAAAAUGAAUUGAAUAUUCGCGGAUUUCUGUGUCACAUCCGCAAUCAACGCAACUUCCUCGUACAAACCGAAGAGCAAUAUAUAUUUAUCCAUGAUGCCCUACUUGAGGCCAUUCAAGCUGGAAAUACCAAUGUCCACAGCAGUCAGUUGACACGUUACCUCCAGUUACUCCAGAGUGGCUUGCCGGCUUCGCUCUUGUCAGACAAGAUUAUUGGAAGCAAUUCUACCGCAAGUACGCUUGACACAACCACCACAACCAUGACUAUGAAUUCCAUUGGCAGCCAGGAAGAUUUGUGGUUGCUGCUCGAUCACCAAUUCCAUUUGGUUACAAAUUUCCUUGUCCAAGAUUUCCACCUUUCAUCUGCCGUCAAAAAUUGCAACGUUCACAAAAACCGCAAUGCAGCUCUCGUGUCCGUGGAAAGUGCCAGAGUUUAUCUCACUCCCAAGCCAGGCGUUGAAGGAAGCGAUUACAUCAAUGCGACGUGGUUACAAGGGUAUCAAAAGUUAAAAGAGUUCAUCGUUACUCAACAUCCCUUGGAAGCCACUGUCAGUGACUUCUGGCAAAUGGUCUGGGACCAUAAUUCACAGACGGUCGUCGUCCUUUCUGACACAACGGAUGAUGAUUACCAAGUGUUUUGGCCGCUAAAACAGGUGGACGUGGAGUUUGAAAACUUUCGCGUCCGGUUCAUUGACGAACAUAAAAUCCAGUUGCCAGCAGUUGGCAACCAUCCAGCACAUCCUGACGAAUAUGUCACUCAGAUUGAAGUCGCUGCCCAAUCGCUUCAGGAUGACUAUGAGCUGCGAGUACGGAUUUUUUACUGCCCCAGCUGGCCGUACCGUGGUGCUGCAAACCCAGACUUGGCUGCCCUUUUUCGGCUGCCAAAGCUAGUGAUUGAUUCACAUCAGCAGUAUCAGAACGGCCCUGUUGUUGUAGUGGACCGUUUCGGUGGUACCGAGGCAGCUACACUCUGUGCAUUAACGACGUUGAUGCAGCAGCUAUCACGCGACCAACACGUCGAUGUCUACAUGUAUGCCAAGCUGUAUCAUAGUAAGCGACCCAAUGUGUGGCCUUCCCGGGACGAUUAUAUGUUUCUUUACCGCUGCGUCGAGGCCCUUCACCAUCACUUGCCGGUGCCACCGUCGACUCCACCGACGCUCCAUACUUCGUUUAGCUUGCCACUCCAACUCAACGGCUAUGCUGGUGGCGGUAUCGGUGACACGGUGAGUUUGACAUCUCUUCCACCGUUGUGCACUACGCCGAGCGCCACCAGUCCGAACGGCGACGUCGUUUGUUUCAGAAUACCACCGGAUGGUAUGGAACAAGAAAUGGUGGACGUUGUUUGAAAGUUUGCCAAUUGCCGAGGGAGAGGUCCCUUUGGUGGUUUCCGUCUCUCGUUCAACACGUUGACGAGUGCCAAAAAAUGGGGUUGCAACACCAGUGAGUGCAAGACCGCUGCUAAGUAUUCGUCUACUGCUCCCUUUAUAUAUAUAUACUCCCUGUUCGUGUGUGUUUUUCGUUCUCUUUCGUGUUUAUUAUUUUCCUUUUCGUUCGUUUCUAGUCAACAAUCUGCACAAUUUUCUUUAAGAAGAAAAAAUUCACGGUUUUUUACGAUCCUAUACUUUUCUUUUCCCUUUCUGCGCGAUUCCAUUUAUUCUUCGGAUUGGGAAGAAUCCAACUGACAGAUUCAGAUUUUUUUUUUUUGACGAGUUUUCUAUAGUGUAUGAAUGGGAUGGGAUCAAGGGUAAUUCGUUACCGAAGACUAAUAUAGAUUGAGUUGAAUAUUAUCAAAUGUAUCUCAGGCUCAAAUGAAUUCGCACUUUGUAACGAUCUCCGAUUGACAAGAUUAGAAAAAAUUCUUCUUCCUCUUGGUUUGCUUUCUUAUUGUCUUUUCAUACUGUCCCUCGACCCUCGAAACCUUCGUCGCGCAUUUCGUUGCAUUAUAUAUUUAUAUAAAUAAUACGCAUCCAUGUACAAUGAUGUGUCUGUGCAUUUUCUGCGACUCGUUCACCUCUGUUCCCUCUGUAUGGUGGCAAAAUAUUUUGAAACUUGUCUUUAUAUUAGACAUCAAAUAUAUGGCUAAGUGAAGCUUUA